AAGCGGACAAAGGAUAACUUGUGCUGUCAGCGUCGAAAACAUUGCAAAUAUUGUUCUCAUUAUUCGGAUGUAAAUUUUUCACUUAUUCAAAUUUCGAUGGAGCUCAAAAUGUGAAUGAAAGUGAAUCAAUGAUGUCUAUUCUGUUGAAGUAUAGUGCUAUCAAGCAGGCGAUGUCACCGAAAAGUGAUUUCAAUCGUUAUCUGGUUGGAUUCGUUACGAGUUUAGUUUUGCUUGCGCUAUGGUUUAGCGGUGGCUCAGUGUCGGAAGCGGACAGCGAUCAGGUGUCGUUGGAUCUUGUCGAUAUUCCACAGAUCGUGCUUGAUCAGGAUGCCGAGUUGGCUAGAGCAAGGAACAAAAAUUGCUCCUAUUGGGAUUGUUUCAAUGUGUAUCGCUGCGGUCAGAGAGGCACUGGAAAUGGCGCCUCCGGUUUAUGGGCAGAAGAACAACAGGAGCGAAUAUCAAUUUAUGUUUAUCCGUUAAAAGAGUAUACCGACAGCGAUACUGGGAAGCAAGCGUUUCAGUUAACGAAGGAAUUUUACAAUAUUAUAAAGACCAUAGUCAACAGUCCGUAUUAUACGGCGAACCCGAACCAGGCUUGCUUGUUUGUCCCAACGCUGGAUACGCUCAAUCAAAACCGUAUUGAUGUUAAUAUGGUGGGAAAGGCUUUAGCAUCACUGCCAUAUUGGGAAAAUGGUGAGAACCACAUAUUGUUCAAUUUUAUUGCCGGCUCAGGGCCUGACUAUAAUACUGUGCUCGAUGUGAAUACUGAUCGGGCUAUGAUUUUGGGAUCCGGAUUCGACAGCUGGACCUAUCGACCGGGAUUCGAUCUCGCUAUGCCGAUGUACAGCUCGCUUCUGGAAUAUAUUUUUCCAAAAACUGCCGGAGCUGAACGUAAAUUCUUGCUGAUAUCAUCUCAAUUAAACAUCUUUCAGCGACACUAUCGGAUAAUGCAGGAAUUGACAUAUGAUUAUGCCAAUGAUAUUCUUCUUCUUCAACGAUGUCCAACAUCAACGGUUAAGAUAGACGAAAUCUACGAAUUCCAACGAACAGCGGAUGAGGCAGGCAGCCCUGAAGAAUUGCUUAAAAUAAUCAAAGAUAUCCGUUGUAACUUCCCCCAAGGAAUCGAAUAUGAGUACCCAAAUGUUUUGACUAGUGGACAAUUUUGUUUGGUUGCAAGAGGAGUGCGACUGUCUCAACCUACGCUAAUGGACGCAUUGGCAGCGGGUUGUAUCCCAGUUGUUAUGGCCGAUAAUUUAAUUCUUCCGUUCAAUGAAGUUUUGGAUUGGGAUCUGGCCUCAAUUAGAAUUUACGAAAACAACCUUCACUCGGUAAUGACAACGCUGAAAGCGGUUUCUAAUGAACGCAUUCGGGAGCUUCGAACACAUGGGGCUUACUUCUAUGAUAGAUAUUUCUCUAGCUUGGAGAAGAUUGUACUAACGACUUUGGACCUAUUGAAUGAUCGUGUUUUUCCUCAUCUUAGCAAAACGUAUCUGCACUGGAAUGUAGCGAAAACGAAGCAUUCAAGUCAGAACCCAUUGUUCCUGCCGCUAAUAGCUCCUAAAUCACAAGGCUUUACUGCCGUAAUUCUAACCUAUGACCGGAUUGAGAGUCUGUUUAUUCUGAUACAGAAACUAGCCACAGUUCCGUCGCUUCAAAAGAUUCUAGUCAUCUGGAACAACCAGAAAAAGUCUCCUCCUCAUCCAUCACUGUUUCCAAAAAUUAUCAAGCCUCUGAAGGUGAUUCAAACGUCAUCCAAUAAACUGUCGAAUAGGUUUUAUCCCUACGAGGAAAUUGAAACAGAGGCGAUCUUGACGAUCGAUGACGAUAUCGUGAUGCUUACCGCGGACGAGUUGGACUUUGGUUACGAAGUGUGGCGUGAAUUUCCCGAUCGCAUCGUGGGAUUUCCCUCGCGAACUCAUGUUUGGGAUAACGCUACCAAUCGGUGGCGAUACGAAUCGGAGUGGACCAAUCAAAUCUCGAUGGUGCUCACCGGGGCAGCGUUUCAUCACAAAUACUGGAGUUAUAUGUACACCAACGCGAUGCCGGGUAAUAUUAAGGAAUGGGUUGAUGACCACAUGAAUUGCGAGGAUAUCGCUAUGAACUUCUUGGUGGCUAAUAUCACCAAUAAACCACCAAUUAAGGUGGCACCGAGAAAGAAGUUCAAAUGUCCCGAGUGUACCAACAACGAAAUGCUUUCGGCUGAUUUGAAUCACAUGAUGGAACGAUCGGCUUGCAUCAAUCGCUUUUCAGAAAUUUACGGUACGAUGCCAUUGAGGACUGUGGAAUUCCGAGCUGAUCCCGUGCUGUUUAAGGAUAACUUCCCGGAGAAGUUGAAGCGGUUCAAUGAUAUUGGUAGCUUGUGAAGUGCUACUGUCAGUGUGGACAUGAGUGCAAUAUAAGAAACGUUUAGAGAUAAAAUAUGGCAAAUCUAGGUGUCCAGCUUAAAAUAUAGUUAUUAUUAGGCAAACUAUCACUACGAUGGCAACUUUUAGAAGUAUUAUCAGCAAAUGCAUUCAGUAUUUGAUACUUUUAGUGUGUUGUAAUAAAACAGCUUUAAAAAUUAAAC